GCUGCGCGGGUGACGUGAGGCGUUCAGGUACUCCCCUCGCCUACGACACACAAAGACAAAAUGGAGGUGACGCUACCUGGCUGAGAUAAAACUACACUUGUGUUCAAUAUUAUGCAUAAUCUUAAGUUUUUGUUUUUGUAUUUGAUGAGUUAUUAAUACUUACAUCGACUGAGACUCGAGGAAAGAGGAUUAAAAUGUUUUGGACGUUAAUAAUCGUCGCUUUAAUGGCAACAGAGUCCACCAUGGCCAUCUCGGUCCAGUGCCCCACCAAGAGGUACAUUGCCAUCCUCUUCCAGCCCGUCACCCUCACCUGUAACUACCAGACAACUGCCACUCAGCCUCCUGUUGUCACAUGGAAAUACAAGUCAUAUUGCCAGGACCCCAUCCAGGCUGCAAUGAAUCCCAGCAGCGCACAGAAUGCCCUGUCUCAGAACAACCCCAACUAUAACCCCAACAUCGAGUGCGCCGACACACAGAGGACUGUGCGCAUUGUAGCCUCCAAGCAAGGAGAUGCUGUUACCCUUGGCCCGGAGUACCAGGGUCGCAAAAUCAGCAUCACUAACAAUGCAGACCUGAAUAUUGCACAGACAGCAUGGGGUGACAGUGGUGUCUAUGUCUGUUCUGUUCUCUCCUCCCAAGACCUUUCAGGAAAUGGUGAAGACUACACAGAGUUAAUUGUACUUGAGAGAAAGUCAAAUACUACUGACCUCCUGCCUGGCAUUGACUUACUGGUUAUGGAAGACUGGCUCCUGGUUGUUCUGGUGGCUUUGGGCUUCUUGUUGCUGCUGCUCCUGAUCGGGAUCUGCUGGUGUCAGUGCUGUCCACAUACCUGCUGCUGCUAUGUCAGCUGCCCCUGCUGCCCCAACCGCUGCUGCUGCCCACGAGCACUGUAUGAGGCCGGAAAAGCAGUGAAGAAAGGUAUGGCCAAUCAGUAUGCUCCCACCAUGUAUGCUCCCAGUAUGUAUGGUCAGCCAGCAUACAGUGGGCCACUAAUGAACCAGCCUGUUAUGCCCUUGCUUCCUCUUCCUAAUGGAGCUGGACUCCCACCUCCCCAGAAUGGUUAUGGUCAUGAUUAUGAAGGUGCCAGUUCAGUUGGGCAGGGCUCCCAGGUGCCCUUAUUGCAUGACCGUGACGGGGACCACACUCGCAGUGGGUAUCGUAUCCAAGUGGACCCAGACGGGAAUGCCACACGUGCCAUUUACUAUAUGGAGAGGGAGGUGGCCAAGCUGGACCCAUCAAGACCUGCCAACUAUAACCGCUUGGAAAAUAUGAGUGAAGUCAGUUCCCUGCAUGAUAGCUUGGAACCCCGAGGUCGCGGGGGUCGUUCCCAGCCUCCACCUUUGGCCACACUCUAUGACCAGGAUGAAGCCAUGAGCACCAUUAGCAGUGUUUCACAGCAAGGCCGCCGUCGUGAUGACUACCCACGCCGUGAUGGAGCCUACACGGGUGGUCGUGCACGUGCUCGCUCCAUGGACAACCUUGACGACAUUGGGCGCCACUAUGGCCGAGACGACUAUCCACCACGCCGGCGCCCAGAUGAGCCCAGAGGCAGGAGAGGCUCAGAUGAUGAGUGGAGCAGCAGUGCUCGCAGCGGUUACGACCGUGACUUUGAUGACCGCCAGCGUCGCGACUACUCCCCUGAUGGUCGCCGGAGAGGGGAAGGAGGGGGAUAUGGUGGCCUCCCAGGGCGACGGAGCCGCAGUCGUGAUGAUCUGAUGGACCUGGAGAGAGAUCGCCGUCCUGGCGGUGGCACGAAGGGUGGGAGAGAUGAUUAUGAUGACAGCUUUCUACGAGAGGCCAUGGAGAGGAAGAAGCUGGGCGAGCAGCAAAGGGCCCGCAGCAGAGAACGCCUGGAUAGCGAGAGUGAUCGCUCGGAUCGAGGGAGGGCACCUCGUGGGCCCCCACCACUUCCAGUGAACCCGCCUUCUGGAUACCCUGGUCGCCAUGAUGACUAUCCACCUCCUCCACCACCAGCGUACAGUGAAGAUGAAAGUGUGUCAUCUUCAAAGAAAAGCAAUCUCCGCAAGAACGGAGCUGUGAGUCGGGAGAGCCUGGUUGUCUAACUAGGAUGGGAGGAACCUGCCUGAUGAUGGAACCGUAAUCCAUCUAAAAAAUAAAAAGACCAAUUGAUUUCUGAGACUGUAAAUAUUUGUCACUGAUAAUUUUUAUACUGCAUAAUACAUAGUAAACGUAACACAAAUUGAUGCUGAAUGUGUAUGUAUACUUUUCUAAUAGGGAAGAGGUGCACAGAUGAUAUGUUGUGUGCUUUUUCAUGUGUAAAAGAUUGUGGCUGCCACAAGUGCCUUAGAGUGUACAGAAUUUUACUUGUAGAUGUGAAAGCUGAUAAAUCUCUGUUCAGGCAUUUACAUCUUGACAUGUAAACGUGCUCUGACUGUGAUGGCAGUGCUUUGAACCCUUACAUAGUUUCACUUAGCUGUUCCAGGUACAGAUGUGGGUUUAUGGGGUUUUGUUUUGCUUUUUACUUGUGAAAGAACUGUUUUUAUAAGAAAAGCUGUGUCGCUUUUAGCUGCUCAGAAUUUAGAAACCUGGUGAACAAAAUAGUCUGAUCAAAUUUGAGUACUUACAUUUUAAUUUUCUUCUUUUUUUUUAAUAAAGAAUUUCAUUUAGAACUGACAAUGUAUUGUACAGCUGACCAGUAAUGUAUGUACUCUGAAAAUGCAAAUGCUUAUUGUGAUUUUAUGAAACCUGAUUUUACAAUAAAAGUCUCUAUUGUCAGGCCAUUUACUAAA